AUGAAGAAAGGGAACGGUAAGAGAUCAAAAGUUUUAGUUUUAUCGAGGGAUGCGGGUACCAAUGAACUAAAGCCAACGAGGGGAAGAGCACAUCGAGCCUGCGUGGCCUGUAGAAAGAGGAAAGUACGGUGUAGUGGACAGACACCAUGUCGGCUUUGCCAGAAUAACAGUUUUGAAUGCAAAUAUGAUCGACCUCCAAGGAACUCAUCGGCAUUUGAUAAAGAACUAAGUGACGAUAGCCCCCUGUACUCGCAGAGGGCUUCUCAUCAAGACCAUAAUGAUAACAAGGGUAGGCAAAGUGUCAUUGAUUACAAAAAGAUUACAGAGACAAUAUUUACACCCGAAGCACUUAAUCAAAUAUUCACAUCACCUUCUUUUGACAACCAGCUUUUUUUGGACACUAUUAAGCGGUAUCUACAACAAGGACAAUUGGAUGUUAACAAUGUGAUUCGCCAAAGUCUACCGAAGAAUGCAUCCUGGCACUUGAAAACAAGCGUACCAUUACCUCCCAGAGGUAUUGCCUUGAAGUUCAUCCAGAAAACUUGGGAUUGCGCCUGUGUGCUAUUUAGGUUCUACCACAGACCAACUAUCAUUUCUAUUCUAGACUCCAUAUACGAAGCAGAAAAACUUGGCAAGGAAUACACUGCAGAACAAGUUAAAACGCAACCAUUAAUAUAUUCCGUCUUGGCAGUUGGAGCUUUAUUCUCUAAGGAAGACUUGAGCAAGGAUAGUAACGCAACUAGGGAAUUUUACACAGAUGAAGGCUACAGAUACUUUUUAGAAGCCAAGAAAUCUUUGGACUUCUCUAACAUCACUGAAAUAUACUCAAUACAGGCCAUAUUUAUGAUGACCAUUUUUUUGCAGUGCUCAGCAAACUUGAAAGCUUGCUAUUCGUUCAUCGGAAUUGCUCUUCGUGCAGCGUUAAAAGAAGGUUUGCACAGAAAAUCCUCUAUAGUCGGUCCUACACCGAUUCAAGAUGAGACAAAGAAAAGACUCUUUUGGUCUGUGUACAAACUAGACCUGUACAUGAAUUGUAUUCUUGGUUUCCCGAGCGGUAUCGACGAAUCUGAUAUAGAUCAAGAGUUUCCUCUAGAUGUCGAUGAUGAAAAUAUAUCUACAAUGGGAAUAAAGUUUCAAGAUUGGCGAACGAUAAGUUCUUGUGGAAUGAAUAACAAGCAUACAAAGCUAAUUUUAAUUAUGUCUCGGAUUUACAAACUAAUGUACUCUUUGAGAAGAAAGCCACUAGAAGAGGAUUCCAGGUCGCAAAUUGUAUCGCUGAAUGAUCAACUAGAGAACUGGUAUACACAACUACCUGAUAUUUUGAAGGUUGAUACAAUACGAUAUCGCCAGCCACAACCGCCUGCGAACGUUUGCGCGGAUGAAAGUAGUUCUCCAUACACGAAACCUAAAAAAUUACUAUAUCUGGACUUCCUAUUAUCGAAAAUUGUACUCUACAAACCCUUUUACCACUAUAUUUCUAUAGACCCAUUAGACGUCCCAGAGUUUCAAUUCCAAAUUCAUAUGGCUGAAAACUGUAUCGAAGUAGCCAAGAAAGUCAUCCAAUUAUCUUAUGACAUGAUCAUGCAAAACCUCUUGAGUGGCAGCUAUUGGUUUUCCAUUCAUACAAUCUUCUUCAGUGUGGCGUGCCUCAAAUUUUAUGUCUACCAAACAGAAAAGGGGUUAAUGCGAAAUGGGAAGGCUGAUUCAGACAUAUAUAAUGCUACCCAACUGGGCAGUGAAAUUUUAUCGCUUUUGAAAGGUGCUUCAAACGCAAGUAAACGUACCUUUGAAGUUCUAAACCAACUAUUCAAAGAAUUUAACAAAAAAACAUCUGUACUAUCCGAACAACUUUUGAACAUAGUAAAGCUACAACGCCAAGAAAAUAGCGGGACUUUGACGGUCCAACAGCAAAGUAGCAGUAAUUUCAUGAAGUGCCAGGAAGAAUCGCAGCAUGGACAACAGCAACAACAACAACAACAACAACAACAACAACAACAACAACAACAACAACAACACCAAACUCCAGCCACAAGUCUCCGGUCCAUUCUAAAUUUCCCACAAGGAGAAGGCGAUCUGCAUUUCCAAGGGGCCAUCAAUGAAAGCCAUACAGCAACUGCUGCACAGGAAGAAUACUUGGAUAAACUUCUUGCAGAGUUUGAAGAGUUCGACUACUCAAUUAAUAGAGUGCUGCCGGAUGUCAUCGAUUUUUCCGCACUUAUUGGUCAAGAUUCCGCCAUCAACAAUCAAGCAUUUACCUCAGAAUAUAACUCUGGCCCUACGGUCGGUUGGAAUUCUAAAUAA